AUGGUUGAGAGUUGGACAAAGCAUGAACAGAAAGAAGAUUGUGACAGAAUUUCUCGGGGACCAAGAAGGAGGAGGGAAAAGAACAAUAAAGGGUUUUGGUCAAAAGACAAAGUGGUGGUGGAGCAGUGGAGACUUGAGAGGGAGACAAAGGGUGAAACAGUUAUAUAUGUCUCAGGGUACAAAAACCGGUUUCAGAACUUUAUUAGAUGCCUUCGUGAAAUAGGAGAUGAGGUGAUGGUUGUGACAACACAUGAAGGAGUGCCACAGGAAUUUUAUGGAGCCAAAUUAAUUGGAUCUUGGAGCUUUCCCUGCCCUUUGUAUCAGAAGGUACCCCUCUCCUUGGCACUUAGUCCAAGAAUAAUUUCGGAGGUAGCUCGGUUUAAGCCUGACAUAAUACAUGCAUCGUCACCAGGCAUAAUGAUUUUUGGAGCUCUUACCAUUGCAAAACUUUUGUGUGUUCCUAUUGUCAUGUCCUAUCAUACCCAUGUACCUGUGUACAUUCCAAGAUAUACCUUUAGCUGGCUGGUGAAACCCAUGUGGUUGAUCAUAAAAUUUCUUCACAGAGCAGCUGAUCUGACUCUGGUGCCAUCUGCUGCCAUUGCGGGGGAUCUCCUAGCAGCUAGAGUCACAGCAGCUAACAAGAUUCGUCUUUGGAACAAGGGUGUUGAUUCUGAAAAAUUCCAUCCCAAAUACCGCUCCCAUGAAAUGCGAUUAAGACUAAGCAAUGGUGAACCUGACAAACCCUUGAUUGUUCAUGUUGGACGGCUUGGAGUAGAGAAGAGUUUAGAUUUUCUGAAAAGGCUUCCUGAUGCCCGAAUUGCUUUCGUUGGUGAUGGACCAUACAGGGAGGAGCUAGAGAAAAUGUUUGAAGGUAUGCCUGCAGUAUUCACUGGAAUGUUAGUUGGGGAAGAACUGUCCCAAGCAUAUGCCAGUGGAGAUGUAUUUGUCAUGCCUUCAGAGUCAGAGACACUUGGUCUUGUAGUUUUGGAGGCCAUGUCUUCAGGGAUACCUGUUGUGGCGGCAUGUGCUGGAGGUAUUCCUGAUAUAAUCCCUGUGGAUCAAGAUGGUAAAACUAGCUAUCUGUACAAUCCAGGAGAUUUUGAAGACUGCUUGAGCAAACUAAGGCCCCUUUUGCUCAACAAAGAGUUGAGAGAAACCAUGGGAAAAGCUGCGCGUGAAGAGAUGGAGAAGUAUGAUUGGAAGGAAGCCACGCGAAAGAUUCGCAACGAACAAUACAAUGCUGCCAUUUGGUUCUGGCGCAAGAAAAGAGCUCAACUAUUGAGACCCUUCCAAUGGCUGGCAAAACGUUUUUUCCCAUCACCACAAGUCAACUAGAGGUGAUGCAACUUCACACCAAGCUUAGGCUGGUUCCCUGCCAGCUUUAUUUGGCUUCACAGAAGACUUCUAUUGGAUAAAUGUGUGGUUGAUAGUGUAAUGCAUUCAUUCUUUUUGAAUGUAAGGGUACAUACAAUAUGGUGGCUUGCACCGUAUUUUGUGCUAUUAUAAAGAGAAUCAAUGCCAUAGCUUGAAUC